UUUCAGUGUAGUUUAUUUAGUUCACUGUUGAUAGUAAAUAUUACAUAGAGUUAAGUGUGUUAAUCACAGCAAUUUAAGUAGUAAUUUGGAUAUCACUUUUUCCUAUUCCAUCUUUAUGUUUGGUCAAUCAUCAUCUCCAUUAACUGAAUUUUACUUCGUUUCAUCAUCAUGGUCAGUGAACGGGUUGGAGCCAAUUCUUUCGAGAUGGAUGUUUCCAUAGUCGAGAAUCGUUCAAAUAAUUUGGAAUCAGUUGAAAACAUCAAAUACGAUAAAUUACCUGAAGAAUCAGUUGGUCAGCGAAGUUUAAACAGAAGAGAUUACGCUCUGAUCGCCACUUACGCUUACGUGAAUAUAAUGACCGGUUGUGUCUAUUCAUGUUUAGCUCCAUUUUUCCCUAAAGAGGCUGAAGAGAAAGGAUUAUCUCCAUCGGUUUAUGGGUUCCUAUUUUCUGUCCAAGAGAUUAUCUCAUUUUUCUUGUGUCCGGUCGUUGGCGUUUUGCUUCCAAAACUCGGACUUAGGCCGACGCUACUAUGCGGCUCUAUUAUCGCCUCGGUUGGAGUUGUUUGCUUCGGUGGUUUAUACUGGAUGCCAGGUAAUCCUUUCGCUAUAUCAUGUGGUCUAGUUCGUGGGUUCGGCUCAGUCGGAAUGGCAGGAUUGAUCGCUGGCAUGUAUGCAGCGAUUCCGAUUUUCUUUCCUGAUCAUAUUUCUCAAGUUUUUGGUCUAUUGGAAAUGAGCUAUGGUAUUGGUAUGAUAAUCGGACCUUUAAUUGGUGGUGUUCUUUAUGAGUUUGGUGGUUUUGAUUUACCAUUUUUCGUCUCAGGAGGUCUCAUGUUUAUCUCUUUCCCAAUGAUUUACUUUCUCUGUCCUGAAUCAAAAGGAACCGAAACAAGUAAAGGAAAAGUUGGAAUUCUAGAUAUUCUAUCAAAUUUCAGAAUUUUUAUCAAUAUUCUGGUGACACUUGUACUAACCACAAUCGUAGGAUUUUCCGAAGUUGCAUUGGAACCUCAUCUUCGAAAUUUUGCUAACCUACGAUCGUCGACCGUUGGUCUCAUCUUCUUGGUCAACGGCCUUUUCUAUGGUGUAUCUACAUGGAUCGUUGGAAUAAUAAUGCCGAAAAUAAAAGACGCAACUUUCUUCAGUAUUAUCGGUUUAAUUCUGGUGAUUCUUUCAUACAUAUUCGUGGGGCCCAUGUAUCCACUUCCAGUACCUCCUUCUGUUACCUUGGUCGUCAUUUGUCAAAUGCUUUUCGGUAUUGGCGCAUCUAUUUGUCUCAUCUCUAAUUUCACCCAAUCAAUGAGAGAAAAGGACUUAUCGGAUAUGAAAGAUGAUUCUGGAGCUGGAUCAAUAAUCAGCAGUAUAUUUGUAUCCACCUUUUCAUUAGGAACUGCAAUAGGUCCAAUCGCUGGUGGACAAUUAAUUGAAAUUUUCACCUUUGCCGAAGCCUGUGUUUUCAUAGUCGUGAUGUGUGUGGUUGCGUUGGUUUUGGUCUUACUGACAAUGGCCUUCCAUAAGCGACCCUACGCUGUAGUCAAAGUGGCAACAGCCCGAGUGGUUGUCCAACGAUUAGCAUCAACCCAACACCAGAAUAUACAGAGAGUCAAAAGCAACGACGUUACUGGAAAUACAAUCAAGGAACAGAAAUAAACUCAUAACUGGAGAAAUCGAGUUUCAAUCUAAUUGUCAACAAAUCUCGACAAACAAAAUGUACAUCGAAGACACGAAAAGAAAAUUAGUUUCAAGUCUUCAUUUUCGAAUAGAAAAUUUCAUCAACUUGUAUUAAAUCAUGAUUUCGAUUGACUAUUAAUCUAGUAAAUUAUUCAAAUCACCAAAAA